AUGCUGAAUAAGUCGCAAGGAGACUUCCACAAUCUUGCGGAAGAUCAACGCCAGCGAGCGAGCGCGGGGAUAGCGAUUGAUCGAACUCCAUGGCGUUCACUUCUCGAGCUUGGAGAGUGGCACCCUUCAUCUUUGGCAGCUUCUUUCUCAAUUGGGAUCAAUCUCUUCACGUUUGCAUUCAACACGGAGCAUUUCAGCCUCGCCACUGCUGCCAACAUUGUGACCAACUUCAUGGGAACGAUGUUUCUCCUCACGCUCCUUGGAGGGCUUGUGGCAGAUCUCUGGUGGAGUCGGUUCAAGACGAUCGUCGUCUCUGGCGUCCUGGAAAUCCUGGGGAUUCUUCUCGUGGCGCUCGCAGCAUCUAUAAAAUCUCUCACUCCACCCGAGUGCCAGCUUCUAGAUGCUUCCUGCAAGAGCGCAACCUCUUCCCAAAAGGCAGUGUUCUUUGGAGGACUCUACCUUCUAGCACUUGGAGCCGGAGGUGUCAAAGCCAACAUCGCGACCAUGGGAGCUGUCCACUUCGACGAGAACUCGCCCGUGGAGAAGAAAGAGCUGGGGACGUACUUCAACACUUACUUCAUCCAUUUCUGCGUCGGAGCGCUCAUUGCGAUCACGGCACUCGUCUACACGCAAGAAAACGUCUCCUUCGAAGUUGGCUAUCUCAUCGCGCUUGGAUGCAUGGUAUUGGGCGUGAUCGUCGCUGCCGCUGUGAUCAAUCGUCUUUGUAACCAUGGCAGCUUCUUGGAUCGAGCAGCCAUCGUCGACUAUAACUCUCCCCCGACCGCACAAACCAGCCCUUGGAAGCUGUGCACAGUGACACAGGUCGAGGAGGUGAAGCUCAUCCUGCGAAUCCUCCCGAUCUUCGCGAGCACCAUCGUUUUGAACUGCGUCAUCGCUCAAGUCCAGACAGUAACACUCCAGCAAGGCCGGACGAUGGAUCGAAGGAUCACCAAGAGCUUCGAGAUACCUCCGGCGUCGGUGGCAGCGCUCCCGGUCGUGUUCAUGAUCAUAGCUCUCCCAAUCUACGACCGGAUCUUCGUGCCAAUCGCGCGGCGAGUCACGGGUCACGAGAACGGGAUCACGUACUUGCAAAGGAUCUCCGUGGGCUUGCUUCUGGCGAUCGCGAGUAUGGUGGUGGCGGCGCUGGUGGAGAAGAAGCGCAUCCGCGUCGCUCGGGAGUUUGGGCUCCUCGAUUCGCCCACCGCGAGGGUGCCGCUCAAGAUCUACUGGAUCAUGAUCCAGUACUUCAUCAUUGGGCUGGCGGACAUGUUCACAUUCGUGGGUCUCAUGGAGUUCUUCUACCGCGAGGCCCCCGAGAGAGUUCGCAACAUGUCCACGGCGCUGACCUUUGUCUCGCUCUCCCUGGGGUACUUCCUGAGCUCCACCAUUGUGGACAUUGUGAAGAGCGUUACUACAAAAGGUGGCGGGCUCGGGUGGCUGCCAAGCAACAUCAACAGGGGUAACAUCAGCAACUUCUACCUGCUGCUUGCAAGCGUCAGCGCCGUCAACUUCGUGGUGUAUGUGGCAUGCGCGAGGUGGUACAGGUAUAGAGAUCACAGUGAUGCUGAUUCGGCAUUGGAUCGUGAUGUUGAGUUAGAGGAUGCACCAUCAAAAGCUACGGAUAUUGGUAGUGUGAGCAAGAGGCCCUUGAUGGCCUAG